AUGCGCGCGACGGAGGAGAUCGUCCUGCCGCCUUCACCGAAUUGGUACAAUUCCCAUGCAACGAGCGUGUCCUGCGAUGGAAAGUUCAUCGCUUACGCUGCUGGCAACACAGUAGUCCUCUUCCAACCCACCCAUCGCAAGGUCCAAGGCAUCCUCCUCGGGCACUCAAAGAGGGUAUCAGCUGUGUGCUUUGGGCUUGAUGGCUGCCUUGUCACUAGCUCUCAAGACCGUUCCCUGCGACUGUGGUCUGUUCCGAGUGGCGAGUGCAUCAGGACGGUGCACAAGCGGCCCGCAGAGUGCACCGCCCUGGUGACUUUGGCCAGAAUCCCAGAAGUGGCUGUCGCUGGGGACGUAGGUGGAAGUUUGACACUGUGGCCAUUUGAAACAGGGGGGAAGCCUGAGCUGCUCCAAACUAAGUGUGGGUCAAGUGUGAUGACCAUUGCUGCCUGCCCAGAAGGCAAACCGCAGGUGGCUGUCGGCUGUGAGGACGGCACUGUUGUCCUUGUGGAUGUCGAUGCGGAUAUCUGGUUACGCUGUCUGGACAGGUCCCAUGGCCCAGUGCAGUCCUUGCAUUGGUCGAAGGGACCACACCCAAAGCACAGCCCCUUCCAUGCCAGAUGCGCCAAGGAUUCUCGGCGGUCAAGUGGGACUGGGGGCCUAAGGCCAAUUGUUUCUGGAAGUGCAUCUGGAGCAAAGCCUGGUGGGUUGGACAGCCAGGAGCCUUGCACAUCCAGCAGUGUGAAGGAGGUCGAUGUCGGUACAGAGGCCAUGCAAGAGGCUGGCGGGAACCUUUGCUCUCCCAAAGAAGGCAGUUCUGGGGAUGUGGAAAAGUUAUCCGCAGAGGAACAUCUGAACUGUGCCAUGACAGACACAAGAGGGCAUGGAUACGGAGCCAAAGUGCCUGCAGGUGCAUCUGGAGAUCAGUCAGGCACGGGCGAUGCUGGGCCUGCUGAUGAUGUGGCGUCAGGUGCACAUGGAGAGCUCAAAGCUGCACUGGCUUUCCCCCACGUGACACUGGUCUUUUCAAUCGAAGGGACUUCACAGCGUGUCGGCUGCAGGCUCCUUGUGGGAACUGCUGUCUCUGAUGCAGAGGGGAAGGUCACUGGGAGGUGCAGUGUGCUCGUAGCAGGCUGCCAGGAUCAUCGUGUGAGGGUGUGGUACCUUCCCCCUCACUCUGACUUGCAGGCCCCUAACCCGCACCUCAAGGGUACUGUUCUCGAUGUCCCUGUCCCAGGUGGCCGUCUUUCAGAUUCUCAGAGGAGGCAUCCAUUUGUAAUUGCAAGGGUGUGUCCUGUUGGCAGCGGUGUGGGCAGUGACGUCAUUUGGAUCGUCGCUGGUGGCAUGGGGGGCCGCCUCUAUGCCUGGAGGCUGCUUUUGGCUGAUGGGCCCAGGCCCUCGAAACCCUUGAGCCUCCCUGCUGUGCACCACAGGACUGUCUUCACUCUCGACUUCAUCCUGGCUCCGGGUGCCCGGGAACUCGCGAUGGUAACGUCGGGACUGGACAGGCUCCUGGCAGUGUGGGGCCCUGCGAAGCCAUCGGUGAGCAUCAUGGACACAACGUGGCGAAAUUUCAGGGUGAGGUGGAGCUGCGUGGGUCUGGGAGGCGAUGUAAUGGCCAUUGACGUUUCCAGCUGUGGGGCACUGGCACUUGCUGCUGGGUGUGGGGACAAGACUAUCAGAUUGCUGCCCUUGCAGCCACAGGAUCAACGGCAGGGGGAUGCCACAGUGCGCUGGAACAACAUUCCAGACAAGGUUGUGGCCGUCUGUUGGCACCCAAGCAGGCCUGGCACAUUGGCAUUUGGCUGCGAAGAUGGGCACAUUGGCCUCCUCAGAUCCCCACGGGACAUGGACUUUGUGUUCCCUGACCGUCACAAGGGGCCAGUGACUCAACUCUCCUGGAGAUGUGUCCCAGGUUCUCCAGAAGGACACCCAGACUCAGUUCUGCACAACGAGAGUGUGGAGCUAUAUAGCCUUGGGCGAGAGGGGUGCCUCCUGAAGUGGCCCGCUGUGGACCAAGAGCACUUUAGCUCAGCCGGUGAGGCCAGGAGGGGCAGUCAAGGGAGUGCCCGGAGUGCGGUUCCCUUCAAGCAAACCCCAACAGACAUUAUGCUGCACUUGGCAGAGGGCACCCUGGGCCCUGCAGCAUGCUGCUCAGCAUUUGAUUGGGACAGCUCGGGAAUGCAGCUGGCUGUGGGCUUCACAGAUGGACGUGUCUCUAUCUACACAGCCCCGACUCAAAUAGGCCCACGCGUGCACUUCGAUCUGAUCCAUGCAUGCCAGCACAACAGCCAACCGGUGCACACAGUCUGCUGGAGCCAGCUGGCAUUGAGACAGUGCGAUACACUGCUUGCAGUGCGGCAUGAAGAUGGUACAGCAAUGGCAAUCUGCUUUCCAGCACAUCAUUGGAGCAACGGCCGUGUGGAGCAGGAUAGAACAGUGACCUCGAACGGAGGUGAUUGGCGCACUGCAGGCAUUGCCGUUUGCAGGUUGGAAGGCCACAAGAUGAGCCACGUUGUGUGGUCAACGUCUUCUCCCAAUGUGCUGCACUGCCUCACGCAGAAGGGGCAGAUGCAAAUGUGGAGGGUGUCUGGAGAUGGGGCAUCGAUGCUGGUGGCAUGUGUGCUUUGUGGGCAUGAGACCUCGCAUUGGGGAUGCCAGCACAUUUCAUCCCCAGCUGGUGCACCGGAUCAGGUCAUGAUUCACAAGGGGAGCAGGUGGAUCUCAAGGUGGCGCAUGCAUGCUGCGGUGGGGUCUGCUUCGGAUGCCCAACCACAUCUGGAGUCUGUGAGUGCUUUGUGUGGGCCUGAAGUGGCUCCUCUUCCUGUCAUCCCACAGGUUCCUGCGGCUACCUCUUUUGUGUCGCAAGUGAAGCGAAAUGGAGGCAAAGCUGGGGCUGCUGGGGAGGUGGCAGAACAGCAGGCAUCCGCAGAGAGUGGCUCGUUGCUUGAGAACAGCAAGAAGGGCUUGGAUGCAGAUCCUUCUGUGAGUAUGGACCCUCACAAGAGACAUGUGCCAGCUCAAUGUAUGAGGCCUUGUGCAGAACAGGCAUCUGAGGAGGGUGCUGUGUCUCAGAAUGUCAACUUGGCUGGGGCAGAUCCGCUUUGUCCAGGAGACAGUGCUGUGGGCAAAGAUGGAGGGGAGGCAAGCCGAUGUGCAGAUGGCAAAGCCGGAGUUGCGCCCACCCUGGUGCAUGCAUGUCUCGGUGAAGCUACAGGACAACGGGCCAGUCACAAGAAGGCUCCUGGGAAACAUGCUGGGUCUAAACGACGCAAGUCGUCUUCCCUGGGAACAAAACCUCUCAUAGCCUCAGACAAACUACUGGAACAUGGACACAGAGAGCAGUUGCUGGCCUCCUGUGUGGACUUGGUAGGACAAGUGCAGCAGCCACAGAUCGCACCUUCAGGGUGUGGUGUUGAUGCAGCAAACGAUUUGCAGGCAGCACUGGGCACUCCAUUGCCAUUGGGGAUGUCUUCGGGCCUCUGGCAGCAUGCUGAGGUGAGCGGAACCCUGGAAGAGCCCAUCGACUCGAAAACAGCAGAGCAUCAAGCUGCUCUAUGCAUCUGGAGGGGAGACAUCGCUGGGGCCAUGGAUGUCCUUGCUGACGGGGAUGCCCUCUCAGGAGACUUCCUUAGCAUGUCUGUGGCAGGGGGCCGGGCGCUUUGGGAGGCCUCCGUGCGGUCCCAUGCCAAGCGUCUGGAGGCCUCUGGAGAGCCCCACAUGUGUGCCCUGCACUUGUUGUCCAUCAACGAUGUGAGGGGCGCCAUCGAGACGUACAGAAGGGCAGGGAUGAUCGAUGAUGCUGUGAACCUUGGAUCACUGAGGCUGCUCCCACAAGACCCACUUUUGAGGGAGCUGCAUGAGGUGCAUGCAGAGCAGCAGGCAAAGAGAGGGAGCCACGCCCUGGCUGCGGCCAGCUGGCUCAUGGCUGGCCAGCCCAUCAAGGCCGUGAGGGCCCUUGGGAGAAGUGGGGGAGCUGACGGUUGGGCAUCUGCUGCCAGGGUAGCAGUGCAGUGCAGAGGAGCUGGCGUGCACGGCAUCGAGGAGUGCUGGGAUGCAGUGGUGAGAGGGGUCCUUGAGAGCCUUGGGUGCCUGCACGUGGACGUGGCGACAGAAAUUUUGGAAGGCUGGGGGGGUGGCAGGAUGGUGGGCCUGAGUUUCCUUUCUGGGGUUGUGGAGUGGCUCAAGGACAGAUGGAAAGAUGCCGGCUCAGAGAUACAGACUAUGAUAGAGGAGCUGGCAUCGGUGGUUAGCAUUGAAGCUGCUGUCCAGCCCAUUUGGUCGCUUUGCCAGUCAGGGUCUGUUGACAGCCCCCAAGGGGUGAGCGAUGCGAAGUGUGCUGCUGAGGACCUGCACGAUAUUGACCCACAGAUUGUGGAUGAAAACAAGGGUUUGGUCGCCAUGGCCCACCACAUGUGCCUCUGCUUCCUGCACCACGUUGCGGGCGAUGUCGACAAAGCGUCUGAGAUGGCCGAAGGGAUCGCCCACAUUCAAAUCGAUCCCUGGCCGACGCAGGCACCCCCAAGCCCGCCACAGCGUGUCCACGUGGACGUACCGGGAAUGGGCGAUCCCGCUGGGGAGCACUCGCCUUCAGCUGCAGGUGUUGGAGACAGAGACGAUUCAGAGAUGAGGCCAGGCGAGGCUGCCCGAAUCUCUGAGGAUGGGGUGCGCAGAUUUCGCUACACGAAGGCCGAAUUGCUGGCUCUGGAGACGUCUCAAGAAUACGACGCUGCAAAUUUCGAUGCUUCAGUUGUCCCUGAGUUGCUUACGGGACCCAUUCGUCUUUCUUGA